AUGGAUAUUAAAAGAAAUAUGGAAACAACUAAAAUAGAUUAUAGCAAGUAUAUAAAUGAGAAGCCAUUCACAAAAUGGAAAUUAAAUGACAUAGAGUUUUACAUGGAAUCUAGGUACGAGCCAUAUGAUAUCACGGGAUAAGGUACCUUUGGUGUAGUUGUUGCAUGUUAGGAUAAAGAAAAAGAGUUUUUUGAUGAGGAUAGUGAUUUUGUAGCAAUUAAAAAAAUAGAAAGAGCAUUUGAGCACACAUAAUACGCAAUUAGAACAAUUAGAGAGAUUAAAUUACAAAGAAUGUUAGCUCACGAAAAUAUUAUUCCUAUUUAUAAGCUAUUGCUACCAAAAUCUAGAGAAUAAAUGAAUGACAUAUAUUUAGUUGAACCUCUCAUGACGAGUGAUCUAAGAGCAAUCAUCAAUUCUUAAAAUGAAAUUAAUGAAGAACAUAUUUAAUUUUUAAUGUAUCAAAUUAUAAGAGGUCUUAAAUAUAUGCAUUCUGCACAGAUAGUCCAUAGAGAUUUGAAACCUAAGAAUGUUCUUUCAAAUGAAUAAGGAGAUUUAAAAAUAUGUGACUUUGGAUUUGCUAGACAUAUUUAAAAGAAUAGAGUAAAUGAUCUAAGUGAGUAUGUAACAGCUAGAUGGUAUAGAGCUCCUGAAAUAUUGUUGUCAUAUAAAAAAUAUGACAUAGCAGUUGACAUGUGGUCUUGUGGAAUUAUAAUGGCUGAACUUUUGAAAAGAUAGCCAAUUAUUAGAGGUGCUUCAACAGAUGAUUAAAUGAGACAAAUUCUACAAUUAAUUGGAAGUCCAGAUGAAUAUCAAGUAAAGGACCCUGAAUAUAAAAAGCUGCUUUCUUAUUUCCCAUACUGUCCUGGAAAAAAUUUUAAACUUAUAUUUCCAAAUGCUUCAUCGUAGUGUUUAGAUCUACUUAAAAAGCUUUUGUAAAUUGAUCCUUCAUAAAGAAUAACUGCGGAAUAAGCGCUAGCUCAUCCGUUUUUUGAAAUGCUUCACGAUCCCUCUGAUGAACCUGAUUGUGAGCCAAUUAAUUAAGCCGAGUUUGAGUACGAAAAUUAUGACUUAAAUGAUUAAUAACUAAAAGACAUAUUAUAUGAAGAGAUAUUGCUAUACAACUCUCCUGAAUUCAGAGAAUAAUAUUAUGAGAAGCUCAAAAAGGGUUAAAGCGUUUAUUCCCACAUAAUAGGUGAUGUAGAAGACAAUGACAACGACUAUGACGAUGAUGAUGAAGAAGAUGAAGAAGAGGACGAUGAUGAAACUAAAAAGACAAAUUGA